UUCUAUUCUCCACUUUUCCUUCUGAAACCCAAACUCGGGUUUCUCUCUGAUCUGUUGCUCUGCUUCUCUCUCUAAAAUCAAUCUGUUGAUAGAUACCAGAUAGAAGGAUAUUCCUAAAUCUCUCUGUGUGGGUACUGAUAUAUGGAGAUUCCUGAUCUGAAUAUGAUUAGAGAUUUCGAAGCGGGUGUGAAAUGUUUACAGAACCCAUCUCUCAUUUCUCGGUCCUUUCCGAUCUCUGGAAUCGAGCGUAGCUUCUGGAAAUGGGGGGCUCUGAUUCUAGCCCUGGUUGCCACCUUCGGCGGCAUAAUCAGGCGAUUGAAGCUUUUCUUCUUCUACAUCCGCACGGUCAAGCCUUCUGCGGAGCCUCUGCUUCAGUAUCUCAACGAGGAUUUCGAUUUCUCCGAUGAAGACGAUGACGAGAAUUCCUCGGUUGCUUCCUCAGAAGAGGAUGAGAUCCGGCGGAUUACGAGCUCCUCUUUCUAUAAAGGCCAGAGGAGAAGAAACGGCGGCAAUCUGAGAUGUCGACGGCGACGGGACGUCGUCGAGAGGUUACCGGCGUGGUCCGGCGGGAAGAGCGUGGUCAAGCUCUGGGACAAUUUGGCUCUGGGUUACGAUUUUGACGAGGAGGUUAUUUCACUUUGGGAUUUGAAUAAGGAUACGGCAUCACCGACGAAUACUUUCCCCGGAUCUUCUAGGGUCCCGGCUGUGACGAUGGCGUCGCCGGCGGUGGUUAUGUCAUCGGAGGCUAGAGAUAACGGCGAAGACGUCAUUGUCGCUGCCUAUGAUACCCGAAAACCGGGUAAAGCUCCGGCUAUAUGUGCGGAGUGGCACUCGCGAGUCAAGAAUGUGGUGGAUAUCAUUUGCGGCGGCGGCGACGAGAAGGUUUACGUCGGGGACCGCGGCGCCGGCGUUCUCGCGGUUGGUGAUAUGAGGAACAUGAAGACGCCGUUGGAAAGUUAACGGGCCGUGACGUUAACCUGGUCGGAGGCUGACGCCGUCAUGACCGUGGGGGCGUGGAUGAGUAAUGUACACGGGAUUGGAGAAUGAGUUGUCCUUAUCUGUCAAGUUUGACGGUUCGGUACACCGUGCGAUACGGAAUCGGUGAUACAUUCGAACCAAUUAAUGAAUUGUGAAAUUUGACGGGAACACUGCCUUGUCUUGUUGUGCCCUUGUCUGUAAAUACUUAAAUUAAAAAUAAUUUAUUUAUUGACAAUUCAUUUUCCAAUUGGAUCUUAUUUAUUUUUUAUUCUUCUCUCUAAACAAAGUCAAAACUAGCUUAGUGACGAGUCAUAAAAAUAAGUUUAUGAAGAAAUGUUAUUAAAGUUAUUAUUCCCUCCGUGCCUGUUUCACUUUCCUUUUUUGUUGUAUUAAAAAAAUGUCUCACCUUUAUUUUAGGAAAUAAAUUCACCUCAAAAG